AGUCAGCAAAGGCCCAUAGAAGGAUUCACACUAUGGCCUUGGCGAUAACAACGCCGGGAGUCCAGGCUGGUCCACAAGCGUCAACAUGAGCCCUCUUGCGCAAUAUCCUUGGCAUCAUUGACUGGUAGGCUUUCUUGGUGGAUGUUAUAAUAUCCGGUGCGCGUGCCUGCAAAGAUGAUGUUGAUCUGUGAUAGAGAUUCCUGAACCUUGUUUGUAUCAAAGCGCUUGAGUGCUUGCAGGAUGGUCGCAGCUCGUCGCCAAAUCCGGCCAUGGGCCUGGGUAGCAUGCAUAGGAUGUGCUCACCAAGUUCGAGCUUUGAACUCGACAUCGGGCGCAAUCAACACGUCCCCUUCGACCACCAGCGCCGCACUACCGAGCACACCAACCGUACCAGUCUGUGGGUUUGCAGCAAAUCUUGCAAUGGUGUAUGAUUGGAACAAAACAAAUGCAGAGACGAUAACUCACACAAUCGUCCCUCAUGUCACCACAUAUCCUAAUGGUAGUGCCGUGACAAGCCUGGAGACCAUCGCAGCCGACCAGCCGGAAGUGACGGACUUUGUACGCAAUACGGCCGUAAUAGACGGAUGGUUCACAAUGACCUAUCCGGAGACAUGGGUGAAGUACGUCGACUUUUGGUCUGCUAACUGCACAAAGCGCGACCUCACCAUCCCCGGCUACGACACAAAGCUGGUUAUGCCUGCUACCACAGAUCCUGCCAAGUUCUUCUACACGGCAGACCCCCUAGGCUGGGACGUUGGGCCUAAUCCAGCGACCGUGACGCCCGCCAUGAUAGAAUACCUGGCAGGGCUGCAAACUGUCGUCGAGCAAAUGAGCGGCGAGGAUAUCAGGACAUGCACGUUUGCCACUUGUGCUCAGACAGCCGUGGGCCACUCGAUGGUGUCUGCUUCUGUGCUGAUACAGGCGACAGAGACAGCGGAAGCCGUGCACUACACUGCGCCUGCUCCAUCGUCAACCGAGCGCAGCACGGCAGAGGCUCCGUCCCCGCCGGCGACGACCGCCGUGGCCUCUCCAACGGAGCAUUCGGCUAGCCCUGCUCCCACAUUGGUGUCACCUCCUGACCAACCCCCAGAGCCUGAACAGCCCCCGUCUCAGGGCCAGCCCUCGGAUGAGCAGCCUGCCCAGUCUUCGGUUCAAGCGCUGCCCUCAGAAGAAUCUCCCGUCCCGCAGCAGCCGAACAACCCAAUAUCGUCUGUAGAGGUCACCAUCAUCACGGGAGAAGGUUCAAAUGGUGCUGCCCCAAGCAGGACACCUGUGGGCAGCGAGGCCGCUUCCGUUGCGCCGACCGAGACAACUUUUGUGCGCACGGUGACGCCAGGAGGGCAGACCCUGAUCCAGACAGUAGUCUCUCCGGUCGCAAACCCUGCCCCGGCAGAGGUGACGCUGGUGGAAACUGUCAGCUCUGAUGGUCACUCGGUCGUUCAGACGUUGGUAUCAAUCUUGCCUCCCCCCAACGUACAAGCAUCAGAAAUCACCCUGGUCAGGACGGCCACCUCGGAAGGCAACACGGUCCUGGAGACAGUGGUCUCUAUCUCGCAAGCUGCCGUGGGUGACAGCCAGGCUUCCGAGGUGACUCUGGUCGAGACAAUCACGUCUGGGGGAAGCACAGUGUAUGAGACGCUGAUUUCGAUUGCGCAUGGAUCUGCAGGAGGGGAGCAGGCGUCACAGGCACGGCAGGUCACGUUCCUUAGGACGGUGACGUCGGACGGGCGGACACAAGUGCAGACGGUCGUGUCUGCUGCGUCGACAGGCGACUCGCCAGCGCAGACAACCUUCACCAGGACCGUCGUUUCAGACGGACAGACGUACUCGCAGACCGUGGUGUCGCCUAUCGCCAGCGAGACGUCUACUGGCUCGUCUGGCGCGUCUGCUUCCAGCCCAGUUGUGACGGCUGAUGCUGGUGACAACUUGGCGCAGCUUGGCUUGACCGUGGGAUUGAUGGCAUUCAGCACGGCGCUUCUUCUUGUGUUGUAAGCAAAGGUCAUGCGGCUUGUACAAUAGACGACUAUCGCAAGUAUUCAGUGACAUCAAUAAUGGCAUGGUGUAUUUUCCUUGUAGUGAUGUUGGUAGAUAGAGGCAGACUGGACGUGUAAUUAUUACUAAACCAUGAAGAGAAGAAGUGACAAUACCUCUGAGCCAGUCGUGUAGUCAGUCUCUGAUGUGGGUCGCGCCAGUGCUUCCAAGUUGCCUGAGGCUUCCAAAUAUUGCUUUUAUUGUCGUGGUGUUUUAUUUGUGGACCGCCCUAGGCGUUAAGCUGCAACAACAUCAAAUGUCCUAGAAGUGUGGUGUUGUGA